AUCGUGGCUGCGCCCGACACACUCCCUACUGCAAAAGCUCAGUAAACCUCUGUUCAUCGAUGUCGAUGUACGUUCGUUCCCGCAAGUUCUGUUGCUUUCUGCCGGUCAGAUUGGGAGUCUUUGUUCUGUCGCUCAUUGCCAUGCUGGGUGGCUCCUUCAUUGCUGCGAUUGGGUGGAUUCAAGUAUCACAAUUGUCCCAACAUCCUCUUGAACGGAAUGAUGAAAUUGCUCUGUACGUCCACUGCGGCGUCUUCACCUUCCUGGGGGUUCUUGGUGCUCUUGGCUUCAUCGGCUCGCUAGUCAAGUCAAAGGGACUAGUUAUGACUUUUGGGGUCGGGGUUGCCAUUCAUCUCGCCUUCAGCAUUGCAGCUGGUGUCUUCAACUUGUACACCAUGUUCCAUGAGAACUCGGCCGACGCAAUCACCAAGUGUCUCAAUGGUGCAACGGACGACACCACGCGCCAAGUCUGCAAUAAUGGAAUCGCGAUCGUCAAGGGCGUCGCUGUAGCCAUCUACAUUAUUUCGUGGCUGGUUGAGCUUUAUGCAUACUUCAUUGUCGAGCGGUACAUCGAGCAACUUGAUGAAGAAGAGGAUGCAAAGCGUAUUCCUGUUAUGCCCCAAAUCAGCAACCCUCAGAUGAUAUCAGCACCUGAUUAUCUCCACUUCCGUGAACCCAGGCCAGAGAUGGGGUAUGCGUUCACGCAGCCAAGACAAGCGUAUGGCGUGUCUCGCGGUCAAGACGCGGGCAACAUGGCGUAGAACUUGUCCUAAUAUGCACAGAACUCGUUGGUAAUGAUCCUUCCUGCCUGGAGCAGGUAGUAUGCGUAGUUGAGAGGCUACGUACCAUAGUUAUAAUGAUAAAGCACAAUUUGGAAUUGGCAUCAUUGAAUUUUU